CCUGUUGCAGAGCUGAGCCAGCGCCUCCGUGCCCUCAACCAGCAGAGAGCGGCGGAGGGGCUGCUGCGGAUCCUGGUGCACACGGACGCGGCGCAGAUGAUUGGGAAGGGGCGCGUGGAUGUGCAGGAGCUGGGGGUGGACUACCUCACCGUUGUGGGACACAAGUUCUAUGGCCCGCGGAUUGGCGCACUGUACGUGCGUGGCCCCGGCACUGCCGCCCCGCUGCACCCCAUGCUGUUUGGAGGGGGACAGGAGAGGAGUUUCCGGCCAGGCACCGAGAACACCCCGAUGAUCGCUGGCCUUGGCCAGGCUGCAGAGUUAGUGAGCAAGAACUGGGAAGCCUAUGAGGCUCACAUGCGGGAUGUUCGGGAUUACCUGGAGGCCAGGCUGGAGGCCGCCUUUGGGAAGCAGAGGAUCCACUUCAACAGCCACUUUACAGGCUCCAAGCGACUCUGCAACACCUCCAACUUCUCCAUCCUCGGCCCAGGCCUUCGAGGGCGAAGGGUGCUGUCUCGCUGCAAGUUGCUCCUCGCCAGCGUGGGGGCUGCCUGCCACUCUGAGAAAGGAGAUCGGCCCUCCUCGAUUCUGCUCAGCUGUGGGAUCCCCUAUGACGUGGCACAGAACGCCUUGCGGCUAAGUGUGGGGCGAGACACGACUCGGGCAGACGUGGACCUCGUUGUGCAGGACCUUGUGCAGGCUGUGGCGCAGCUGGACCAGGACCAAGCCCUAUAGACCCCGGGAAUCGCCCCUCAGCCAUCACCCAGGUUCUGGGG